AUGAUCCGGCCACGCAAGAAUGCAUGCUUCCACCUCCUGCAGUUCCUAUUCUCGGUUGAUCUCUCGGCCGAGUUGAGGUUGAGGGUGAGGUUUGCGUACGAUGGGCAGAGUGUCCUUCAGUUUAAUUACAGCAGGGAGCGGUUCGAGGCACUGACUGAGGCGGCACUGCCCCUUGUCCGUCAGUUUAACCGAGACCCCGCCCGGCUGCAGAGAUAUCGGCGCCACAAGGAAUACGCCAUCUUCCUCACCAACACCAUCGUCAAGGUGACCAGGGAACUGACAGCACAGCCGUCCGUCAGUAUCAGCACGCACCGCACAGCGCGCAGUAGUGAGCCCGUCAGGCUGAACUGCCACGUGAUCGGUUUCUAUCCUCGGGACAUCGAUGUCAGAUGGCUGCUGAACGAUGCUGCCCUCCAGGGGCCCGUGCUGACCAGCAUCGUCUUACCCAACGUGGACGGCACCUUCCAGCUCACCGGGCACAUCGACGUCCACCCCAGGAAUGGAGACAUCUACACCUGCCAGGUGGGGCACACCAGCAGCCCAAACAAACUCACAGCAGUCUGGGCACCGAAGACAAACGUCUGGCCAUCUGGAGGAUACGUCAUUGGGAUAGUGUCUGGGAUUGUUGGCAUCGUCUGCACCGCGAUUGGAGCUGCCAUCCGAUGGCGAGGGCACCGUGCCAGGGUCACACACCCUAGGCCAGGCCAGACUGGAGGAGACGUACGUUCAGAGGCUAGUUCAGGCAUCACAGACUCAGGGACUUGGACGCAGACAGAAGCUGAUCAUCUGCGUGAGGCAGAGGACCCCAACCCCAGCCCCUCGCCCUCGGAAGACGCCCAUGUCCGACUGAGUCUCGGCUAAAGAUGGGCUUCCACUUUCUGCUGCUUGG